CCAAUUUGAAAUCUUUGUACGUGUCAUGUGAAAUCUCGUUCAAAUGAUAAUCAGUGACAUUUGGUGUAUUUUGUAAUCACAUUCGCACACAAACACACAUACAUAUAUAUGUGUAUGUACAAACAUUCUCAUGUAUAUUCACACAUACAUAAUGAGUUUUAGUCACAUAUUUGCAAACAAAAUCAUUCAUACAUCCAUGCAUACAACCACACAUACAUAUGUGUGUUGAAUCUCAAUUUGUAAAAAUUGCUCACCGAAUAAGCAUUUAUAAAUACACAGAGGAAUAGAAGUAUACAUACAGGCAGACAAGUUAUUAUGCACAUUUAACACACAGAUUAACACUCAAUUCUACAACUAGAUACAUAUGACAAAUGUUAAUGACUGCAGAAUAAGUCUCGUUCAGACGUUAGUACCCAUCAGCCCUUAGCUGUUGGUAGCCGGAGUAGAUGUAGUAGCAGCAGUGAAAGUAGCAAAUUGUAAGAACAGCAUCUGCAGCAGCAGUAGCAACAUCAGCAACACAAAUACUGCAAUAUGUGUAAAAUUUAUCAGCAGCAUCAUCAGUAGCAGGGGGGUGGCUAUAGAGAAUAGUCUCAAUAUCGUCAGGGAGGCCGUGUAAUAAAGCCAUAAUACUGCUGGAGGUGGAAAAGAGAAAGAGAGAGAGAGAGAGAUACAACGAGGGGGAAAAAUAAAAAAAAAGAGACACAGGAAGAAAGAGGGGGAGAAAGAAAAGAGUAAGACAUUGAGAGAAAGAACAGGAAUAUCACUAGAACAAACCAGCAGGACAUAGGCUCUCUACGCAACACAACCAAGCAAGGAGGAAAGAAACAAGAGAUGCUGCUGGCUGCAAAAUAAACUAUACAACCAGAAGAAAUUUGAAAAACUUAGCCACCUCAUGGUGAGACAAGAAUUUUUUCCUGCUUCUGUCUUUCUAGAUGCUCUUUAAGUAACCUUAACUGAUACCAGCAAUGAUUUUUCUUAUCCUGACUUAGCUUUUUUUUUUUCCAAAGUAAUUGUUGCUUUCUUUUUUUUUUUUGGCAAUGACAAAGAAAAUCAAAACAAGACAAUUAAAUAUUUGUUUGUUUCAUUUUAAAGCUGACUGCUGGAUAACUGAAAAGAAGUUAAAGGACACAUACACACACAGAGACUAAUUAGGGUUGAGAAAAGUGCUGAAGUACUUUGUAUCUGUUUAGAAGUGUCAAUAGUUUAUUUUGUAAAGUUAAGCACAUCAACCAAUAUACUAUUUUCAGUUUACAAUAAAAUGCAAGAUGGAAGUCUUUUGGAUCAAUCCAUUUUCUGUGAAAACCUUUAUCACCCAGCAUCCCUCAGCUUCAGUGAUUUGCAUGUCCAGCAGGUGUCCACGAUGUCUGAUAGUGACAGUAGCCAGCAAGUUGAGCACUCCAGCCAACUUGGUGUACUAGGAGGACUUUGUAAUCAAAUUCCUCAACACUGUUCCACUACUAAUUUAUUGAAGUUUGGUGUGCCGCUGGCGGCCUGCACUGACUCAAGUGACUUAAUAGAUAAUAAUUCAACAGUGAAUAUAGUUGCCAGUAGCAACAACUGUAACGGAGAAAGCUGCAGUAGCGGACUGGGCACAUUGUAUUCUGCGAGUUUGGGUAAAGUUAUGGAUGGUGUUGGUGGGGUUGUAGUGGUUGGAGACAACGGAACAACAGGGGGCGACAACAGCAGCAACAGUACAGUGGGGACUGGUGUUAACGGUAGUGAAACAAGCAGCAGUGUGACUGGAACUGCUGCUGUGGCAACAACAGCUGCAGUAGUGUGCAGCAACAAUAUCAGCAGCAGCAACAACAAUAAUAGUAGCACCAGUAACAACAGCAGUGGGGCUGGUAACAACUGCAGCAAUAUUGCAAUUCCUAAUAAUAGUAGCAACAAAAAGAAGCAAGCUCAGAUGCCACAGCAGCAGCAACAACAACCAGGGACACCAGUUGGCUCUGGGUCAGUAUCAUCACAGCAGCCCACUACAGUAGCAGAUCAGCUUCUCGGGGGUGUGGUUUCAUCUCCAUUACACCUUGGUUUGACUACAGAUUCUGUUGCUCCAAAUCCAGCUGUUGGAGUGACAUCAUUGACUGCUGCAGGUGUAGCUGCUUCCUCUUCAUCUUCAUAUUCAUCAUCUAUUACAUCAUCAUCAUCUUCACCAGCCUCAUCUUCCUCUGCUGCAUCAGUAGUGCCAAAUUUUUGGUCAACUGCAUCAGCUGAAGAUACUUUCCUGCAGGGCUUCCAGUCAUUAAAUGGAACUGUUGCCUUUCAGCAAUUUCCCCCUAACCCUAGUACCUUAUUUGGCACAGGGAUAACUGCUGCUGCGCAUAUGAGCAGCCUUGGACACAUGGCUGCUCAGCAGCAAGCUACAGCCCCUCAGAGACGAGCGAUAACAGCCCAUCAUAACUUUCAACAGCAGCAGCAACAACAGCGACAACAGCAGCAAGCAAAUAUUUUACUUAACACCUCUAAAACAUAUCCUGCAUGGAGUUCAGCACCUCAGCCAUCACUGUGGACCACAGCAACUGCAACAGCUCAGCCAGGGGGAGGCAAUAACAGUGGGAAUAGUCAAAGUGGCGGUGCAAGAACUCCAGGUGGCGGCACUGGUGUUCAAGGGCAAAGUACUAUUGUCAGUCCUGGAGUGACUAUGUCACAGUCACAGGGUGUGUCAUUAGCUUCUCAACAAAACCAACAUCACCAACAGCAAGCCGCUGCUGGUCUCUCUCCUUGGGCUAGCAUGCCUCAACAGCAGCCAGCAGCACAACAACAUCAUCAGCAGCGUCGCUCUGUCCCAAGUAUAAACCCUCCUGUGGCUCCAAUUAAAAAACCAACUUUUCAAAGCCAGCCAGGACAACAACAGCAACAGCAGAGUGGUGGUAAUCCAGUAGGACCACAUGGCACUCAUUCUCACCAGGGUGCCUCCCUUGGACACCAAGGGCCUUUGAACCCUAACCAAGGCCAGUCUCAUCCCCAGCUUGGUCAGACUUCUCUCAUUUCUCCUUCCAAGUUCCGACGGAGUACAUCGUUCCCAGGUCAGAUGCAGCAGCAAGCAGCAGUUGGUGCAAAACCCUCUGUAGAAAUUACUAGUGUUGAUGACCAGCGGGAUGUUUUACUUGCAUACUCCAACAUUCCUAGAGAGAUGGUGUCAGACAAUGUGGUGCUUUGGACUGACGCAAGUCAUGUGGAGUAUCUUCCUGUGGACCGAGGAAAUAAUUUUGACAGCAUGCGCUUCACAGGUUUAGAGAGCCGGCUGUUGGAUUUAAUGAGGAGUAACACUGAGUCUCAUGAGCACUACAAAGCACGUGCUUACGGACGAAGAAGAGGAAAGUCCCCAUUUGGUUUCAAUGAAGAUAAUCAUCUACUUGACGAUACAAGUCUGGACCAAACUGUUCCCAGUCUGAGUUCUCCUGCCCGUGGUUCCCCCAAUCCUCCAACUGCUCAGGAGAGGUUGGAGCGUUUUUCACGGAAAGUCUUUGUUGGAGGUUUACCCCCAGAUAUUGAUGAAGAGGAGAUUACAUCAGCAUUCCGACGCUUUGGUCCUUUAGUGGUUGAUUGGCCUCACAAAGCUGAGAGCAAGUCUUAUUUUCCACCUAAAGGCUAUUGCUUUCUGCUGUUUCAAGAUGAAAUGUCUGUGCAGUCAUUGAUUGAAGCCUGCAUCACUGAUGAUGAUAAACUAUACUGGUGUGUGUCCAGUCCUACUAUGAAAGAUAAACCUGUCCAAAUUAGACCAUGGAACUUGAGUGAUUCAGAUUUUGUGAUGGAUGGUAGCCAACCAUUGGAUCCGCGUAAAACAAUAUUUGUUGGUGGAGUUCCAAGACCACUAAGAGCAUUGGAGUUAGCUUUGAUCAUGGAUCGUCUUUAUGGAGGUGUUUGUUAUGCAGGCAUUGACACUGAUCCUGAAUUAAAAUACCCUAAAGGAGCUGGCCGUGUAGCUUUCUCAAACCAGCAAAGUUACAUUGCUGCAAUCAGUGCUCGCUUUGUUCAACUGCAACAUGCCGAUAUUGACAAGAGGGUCGAGGUGAAGCCUUACGUCUUAGAUGACCAAAUGUGUGAUGAGUGUCAAGGAGCUCGCUGUGGGGGAAAAUUUGCCCCCUUCUUCUGUGCCAAUGUGACUUGUCUGCAGUACUAUUGUGAGAAUUGUUGGGCCACCAUUCACACACGGCCUGGCCGAGAGUUUCACAAGCCACUUGUCAAAGAAGGGGCUGACCGACCACGGGCUGUCCCUUUCCGAUGGUGCUAGUUCGGACAUGCCAACACAUCAAAAUACCAGUCCAUGUUGGCUGUAUUUGAAAGAAGUAGAAUUGAGUUCUAGAUGGAUGAACACAAAUGUUUUAGAAAAAGAAGAAGAAGAAGAAGAAAAAGGAAGCAAAAGAAAAAUGAAAAAAGCCUGGAAUGAUAGCUCGGCGUCUAGAUGCAUUGCCAGACAGAUCAAUGUAUUUGGCUAACUUUCCAUUGUUAACCCUAUCCGGUUAUCGUCUGAACACUAGCUAUCGGAGAACAAAUUAAUCUGGCAACAUCUUUGCUUGCUUGUUUUCAUUCAUUGCGAUCUUAUAUUACUACUAGGAGGCAUUGAAUUUGUUUUUCUAAUGAGAAACCUUUUUCCUUUUUGUAUUCUUUGGAAAUUUUUAAAUUAUAUUUUAGGUAUUAUUUUUUUAAAGUGUUUUUACUUUUCAUUAUAAAUAUAUAGGUAUAUGUGUGGAGUUUAACACACACGCACACACACAUACAUAAGCAUAAAUAUAUAUAUAUAUAUAUUUAUGUAUGCACAUGUAUGUAUGUAUAUAUAUUUGUGUGUGUGUGUGUGUAUAUUAUAUAUGUGUAUAUAUAUAUAUAUAUAU